CUCUCUCGGUUGGUUGUAUCGCCCCCUCCCCCCCUCACCUCGCCGGUUUCGUCUCUCUCUUUCCUCCCCGCUAUAAAAGCGCCCCCUCGAAGCCCAGGGACUCUUCUCUCUCACAGUCUCGCACACGCUCCGUCUCCGUCCCCGUCUCCGUCCCCGUCUCACCAACUUCAACGCCAACUCUUCACCCUCUUUCUCUCAAGCGCACAGCUCUAGGGAGCUCCGAACCGGCGAUCGCGGCGAUGGACUCCGACUACGGCAUUCCUCGGGAGCUCUCCGACCUCCAGAAGCUCCGCGCCCUUUACCAGCCCGAACUCCCUCCCUGCCUCCAGGGAACAACAGUCAGGGUGGAAUAUGGUGAUUCAACUGAAGCUGCCGACCCAAGCGGUGCUCACACCAUCAAGAGAUUUUUCCCGCACACUUACGGUCAGCGUUUGGCUCACUUCCUCAGGGCGACUGCCAAGGUCCCUGAUGCUCAGAUCAUUACUGAGCACCCUGCUAUGAGAGUGGGCAUCGUCUUUUGUGGGAGACAAUCUCCUGGUGGACACAAUGUCAUCUGGGGCCUUCACGCUGCUCUCAAGAUCCACAACCCCAAAAGUGUUUUACUUGGAUUCCUUGGUGGUUCGGAAGGUCUAUUUGCACAGAAGACAUUGAAGAUCACAGAUGAGAUCCUCACUACCUAUAAAAACCAAGGUGGUUAUGAUUUACUGGGUCGUACGAAGGAUCAAAUAAGAACAACAGAGCAAGUUAAUGCUGCCCUAACUGCAUGCAAGGACUUGAAAUUGGAUGGCCUUGUCAUUAUUGGAGGGGUCACGUCAAACACAGAUGCAGCUCAGCUUGCAGAAAUAUUUGCUGAAGCAAAAUGCCCUACUAAGGUGGUUGGUGUUCCAGUAACCCUUAACGGAGAUCUUAAGAAUCAGUUUGUGGAAACCGAUGUUGGUUUUGACACUAUCUGCAAGGUGAAUUCCCAGCUUAUCAGCAAUGUCUGCACUGAUGCUCUUUCUGCGGAGAAGUAUUAUUACUUCAUACGGCUGAUGGGUCGGAGGGCGUCACAUGUGGCCCUUGAAUGCACUCUCCAGUCUCAUCCAAAUAUGGUGAUUCUUGGGGAGGAAGUUGCUGCAUCAAAGCUUACUCUCUUUGACCUGACGAAGCAGAUAUGUGAUGCAGUCCAGGCCAGAGCUGAGCAAGACAAAAACCAUGGUGUCAUCCUUUUGCCAGAAGGGCUGAUUGAAAGCAUUCCUGAAGUGUAUGCUCUUCUGAAGGAAAUUCAUGGGUUGCUUAGGCAAGGUGUCCAUGCAGAUAAAAUUUCAUCUCAACUUUCGCCCUGGGCUUCUGCACUGUUUGAAUUUCUGCCACCAUUUAUCAAGAAACAGCUACUUCUCUUCCCUGAGUCAGACGAUUCUGCGCAGUUAUCCCAGAUUGAGACAGAAAAGCUUUUAGCCCAUCUUGUGGAGGUUGAAAUGAACAGGCGAACUAAAGAGGGAACAUACAAGGGGAAGAAAUUCAAUGCCAUAUGCCACUUCUUUGGAUACCAGGCUCGAGGAUCUUUACCAUCAAAGUUCGAUUGUGAUUAUGCCUAUGUCCUUGGGCACAUCUGCUACCAUAUUUUGGCAGCUGGUCUGAAUGGUUACAUGGCCACCGUGACCAACCUGAAGAGCCCUCUGAACAAGUGGCGUUGUGGUGCCGCUCCUAUUGCAGUUAUGAUGACGGUUAAGCGUUGGGCUCAGAAUCCGGGGGCUGUAACUUUUGGAACACCUGCUAUUCAUCCUGCUACCGUCGAUUUGCAAGGCAAAGCAUAUGAACUGCUGAGGCAAAAUGCGACAAAAUUCUUGAUGGAUGAUAUUUACAGAAACCCAGGACCUCUCCAGUUCGAUGGUCCUGGUGCUGAUUCCAAGCCCGUAACUUUAUGCGUGGAAGACCAGGACUACAUGGGCCGUAUUAAGGAACUGCAAAUAUACCUCGAUAAGGUACGGACCAUCGUAAAACCAGGUUGCUCACAGGACGUUCUGAAGGCAGCUCUGAGCAUCAUGUCUUCUGUCACCGAUGUUCUCUCCGUGAUGUCUGCCCCAUCAUCCAACGGCCAGACGACCCUCUGAGGUUGUCCAGCUUAGAACAUUGCUGCCACAUGAUGAAAAUCUCAUCUUACCUCUAUUGAACGGGUCGAACUGUAAGAUUGCCUUGUUACGAAUAAAUUGAGAUUUUUUCUUCUUUUGCUUUUAUCAAUAUUUUCCCAUGCAUGGAGGGUAAACAUGGGGAAGAGAUUUGAAUUGCCAGGCCCGGGAGAUGGAUAAAAAGUUUUGUUAUUGUUUUAAGUUAUAGAGGAGACUAGGAGAGGUUUGGUACUUUAGAAACAGAGUUUGCAAUAUAUCGGAACAGUUGACCAAUAUAUUGGUUCCUGACU